UCUCGCCAAACCAGCACCGCCUCAGUGGGUAACCUGGCUCUUCAACUUCACAUGCGAUAUUUGCACCGCGCUCUCCGCCGUCCCCGCCUAUUCGCCUGGCCAUCGCAUGUCUGCGUGUCGCGCCAUUCGCCUCCCUCCACCGUCUCCCUCCUCGCAGUUGUUCCGCCGUGCUCGAUGCUCUAGUUUGCCGGUCUCCCCGCGCUCGACGCCGCGUGUAGCGCGUAGCCUUCGAUCGACUCCCUCGCUACGCAGAGUCUCCUUCCCAGCAGGUCCAGCUUCCGCUUUCCUUCGCGACAGUUUGCUCCAUCCAUGUUUCGCCGUGCGCCGUCUGCUCUACCUGUGAACUGAUGAACCUACUCGCGUCGCGUGCGGGAGAGCAAAAUCUGCAUGCUUUCGCGAUCGCGUAACCCUUCGCUAGGACCGUUUUCGCGUCCACGAAUGCCGCUUCCCCCCGCAUCUCGCCGUGUCCUUCUCAACUUACCACUCCUCAGGCCACUCGACUCCGAUAACAGGCGCUCCGUCCUUACUCUCGUGAUUGUCUUACUCGUCACCUACCUCGCUUACACGCGCCUCUCACCAUCCUCCUCUACCCCCGACCUUGCCACGUCAGCCAUGGACCCUGAUCCGCUGCGGGAUAAGUCAGGAACCGCCACCGCAGCUGGUGCCACGUCAGCAGGCGAUGGACGGUCCAGCUCAGCAAAGGUGCAUCAGUACUCCAUCUGGGCCAUGCCUGACGAAGGCUCGGCAUUCCACGCCUCAGCGUCGGCCGCCAUUUCGAACCUUUCAACCAGGUUUGGGUGCACGGCGUUUGAGCCGCAUGUGACGGUGAUAGGGGCGUUCGGGGAGACGGAGGGGCUGAACGACCGGGAGGUGGUGAGGCGCAUGGAGCAGCUGGGGAAGUCAUUGAAGCCGUACGACAUCCACGUCAUGGAGCUCGCCAGCGGGCGGCUCUUCUUCCAAUGCGUCUAUCUCAAGAUGCUGCCCUCCAACGAGGUGCUGCAUGUGCACGACAAGGCUGUGGAAGUGAUGGGCAUGGAUAGGGACGCCAGUGCAGCGUACAUGCCUCAUCUCAGCCUCAUCUAUGGUGAUCUGUCAGAUGACCAGAAGCAGGAAGCAAAAGCAGCAGUAGGGAAGGCAUUUCCCUCCCUUCUCCCUCCCACCCCCACAUCCUCCCUACCAUCCCCUGCAUUCCAUGUCGCAUCUCUCGCACUCUACCGCACUGAACCCACUGAUCUUACUAUGAGCACUUGGGAGAGAAUAGGGGUGUUUCCCCUUACGGGUACCGUAUGAACUAGACAUUUUGAAUGGACUGUAGUAAGGAUUAUAUAGAUCUGUGUUGUAAACAUGUGUAUGGAAAUGCAAACAUUCGCGUU